AUGACAAAAGUGUCUUUCACCAUCGGGAAAGAUUUUGAUCCUACGUCUAUUCAACAUUUCUAUAAUAUCGGAUCUGCUAGAAGCGCGUCAAAUCCACCAGGACGGGCCAAUAGUUCACUUUUGGUUAUUAAUAAUUAUUUGAAUUUAAAGCCCGAACGUCAGCGAACACUACGCUCACUGAGAUAUACGCCGACACCCGUACAUCAAGAUUUAUCAGCUGGUAAACAUUCAACCAGUGGUAAACAACGUUCAAAUCAUUCUGAUAAUGAUGCUGACCGUGAAAAUUCCUUGUUUAAUCAUGAAACUGUAGCUGCCAGACGUCAGCGCAAUGAACGUUCAAUGGAUAAUGUAUUAGCAUUCAUAAAUUUGAAUGAAAUAAUCGGUAAAACUGAAAGUAAGAUCAAAAUAAUUAAAUCAUUCAAUGAUUUACAAGAUAUAUCAGCAUCUUCUAGUUUAUCAAAAUCUGUUUUAGGUGAUAGUCAAUAA